CCCGGGCCGAGCCAGGAAGAGGUGCCGAGGAGUUCCCGCUCAGCCCGGUCAACUCCAACCGUGAGGUGAAUUGACAGGAUACUAGACUCUUCCACAGAAUUGAUUGGACUACUUGAGCCAUACGAGGAACUUCAGACUUUCCAUUUUUAAAGGAACGCUAAAUGAAUGAGAAAUUUACAGAAUGGAGAAUGAAAAGGAAAAUCUCUUUUUUGAGCCUCAUAAAAGGGGACUAAUGAAGACACCUCUGAAAGAAUCCACUGCAGCCAAUAUAGUGUUGACGGAGAUCCAGCCUGACCUUGGCCCUUUAACCACCCCCACCAAGCCCAAGGAAAUUGCCCAGGGAGAACCCUGGACACCAACAGCCAACUUGAAAAUGCUCAUCAGUGCCGUGAGCCCCGAGAUCCGCAGCAGAGAUCAAAAAAGGGGGUUAUUCGACAACAGAAAUGGAUUACCUGAGGCCAAAGAUUGUUUGCAUGAACAUUUAUCUGGAGAUGAAUACGAGAAAUCCCAACCAAGUCGCAAAGAGAAAAGUUUAGGAUUGUUGUGUCAUAAGUUCCUAGCCCGAUAUCCUAAGUAUCCCAACCCUGCGGUGAAUAACGACAUCUGUCUUGACGAAGUGGCUGAGGAACUUAAUGUUGAGCGUCGCCGCAUUUACGACAUUGUCAACGUCCUAGAGAGUUUGCACAUGGUGAGCCGCCUUGCCAAAAACAGGUACACUUGGCACGGGCGACAUAAUCUCAACAAAACCCUGGGGACUCUGAAAAGCGUCGGGGAGGAGAACAAGUACGCUGAGCAGAUCAUGAUGAUCAAAAAGAAAGAAUAUGAACAAGAGUUUGACUUUAGUAAGAGUUACGCUAUAGAGGAUCACAUCAUCAAGUCCAGUACCGGCCAGAAUGGACACCCAGACAUGUGUUUUGUUGAACUCCCUGGAAUGGAAUUUCGGGCAGCUUCUGUAAACAGCCGCAAAGACAAGUCCUUAAGAGUGAUGAGCCAGAAAUUUGUGAUGCUGUUUUUGGUGUCAACGCCUCAAAUAGUAAGCCUAGAAAUUGCUGCCAAGAUUUUAAUUGGGGAGGACCAUGUGGAAGAUUUGGAUAAAAGCAAGUUUAAAACCAAAAUUAGGCGGUUGUAUGAUAUAGCUAAUGUUCUGAGUAGUCUGGAUCUUAUCAAGAAAGUUCAUGUCACGGAGGAAAGGGGGCGAAAACCUGCCUUUAAAUGGACAGGCCCAGAAAUCAGUCCAAAUUCCAGUGCUCUCAGCCCGGUAACCCCAUUGGCCCCCUCUGAUUUAGAAGGGAGGCGGUCUUCAAAAGAGAACUGUGCCAAAAACCUCUUUUCCACACGUGGGAAACCAAACUUUACCCGACACCCAUCUCUUAUCAAACUGGUGAAGAGCAUAGAAAGUGAUCGGAGAAAGAUAAAUUCUGCUCCCAGUAGCCCUAUCAGAACCAACAAAGCUGAGAGUUCUCAGAAUCCUACACCCUUUCCAAGUAAAAUGGAUCAACUUGCAGCUAUUUGCAAAAUGCAGCUAGAAGAGCAAUCAAGUGAACCCAGAAAGAAGGUGAAAGGACAGCUGGCAAGAUCUGAGCACUGCAAACCCGUGGCCCCUCUGGACACCCCAGUGAAUGCUGAGCUGGAGCUGACGGCACCGCCCCUCAUCCAGCCCCUGGGGGUGGUCCCCCUGAUCCCUAGUCCACUGUCAUCUGCAGUGCCUGUGAUCCUACCUCAGGCCCCUUCGGGCCCGUCCUACGCUAUCUACUUGCAGCCUGCCCAAGCCCAAACCAUCACGCCACCCCACGGCCUGAGCCCAACUGUUUGCCUCACACCCCCUUCGAAAGCUGUGAGAUCACAAGACUCGGCAGAUGCCCCCAGUGAGAAGGGUACCAGUGAUGCCCCAAAGGCCAGUGUCCCCACCAGGCCUGGAGGUGUGCUGCCGGGACCUGAGAGACCAAGUGCGAAGAACCAAGACAGGGAGCCAGCUGGAGAAAGAGGCUUAAAGAGGGCAAGCAUGCUUCAGGACAGUAGUUUGAAAAAGAAAUUUAAAGAGGAUCUAAAAGGACUUGAAAAUGUCUCCACGACCUUGUUGCCAUCAGGAUACCUAAUCCCUCUCACCCAGUGCUCAUCCCUGGGGGCAGAGUCCAUUUUAUCUAGUAAAGAGAACUCAGGUACACUUUCCCCAAACCACAGGCUCUACAGCGCCCCAAUCACAGGUGUUAUUCCAGUAACAUCAUCUGACCUCACUGCUGUGAAUUUUCCCUCUUUUCAUGUAACACCUUUGAAGCUCAUGGUCUCACCAACUUCCAUGGCAGCUGUUCCUGUCGGCAGCAGCCCGGCUCUGGCUUCGAACCAGCCCAUUCCCAUCCAGAACCCAAGCUCAGCCAUUGUAAACUUCACUCUACAGCACUUGGGACUCAUCUCCCCUAGUGUUCAGAUGUCCACCAGUCCCGGGCCUGGAACUGUCCCCAUGUCUCCAAGAAUAGAGGGUCUUAGUGUCACACCAGAAAACACAGGCCCGCGGCAAGGCAGGGCCACCAGGUACGACUCACCAGUCCUAGGCCAGAACCAACCGAAUGGACAAGCUGUAGCUGCUUCGGGAGCACAACAGCCUGUUCCUGUUACACCUAAAGGGUCACAGUUAGUGGCCGAAAGCUUCUUCCGUACCCCAGGUGGACCACCAAAGCCAAUCGGCUCACCUUGCAUGGAUUUCGAUGGUGCUAAGAAGACCCCCGUAGGAACUCUCUUUGUCCCACAGCGAAAACUGGAAGUGUCGACUGAGGAGGUCCAUUAGUUGACAGACUUGGCUUUGUUUACUCUUCUGAGGAGUUGUUUGACACCGAAGAUGUACUCAGACUGUUUCAUUUCAAAACAGACACUCGUUUCCUUACGUACAUAUGUAAAUAUGUACGUAUAUACAUAUAUAUAUACACACCCACAAAUACAUAUUUGUAUAAAGCUAAGUUCAGUCUUCGAUCCUACAAAAUAAAAGUGAGAUUUGAACUAAGAAGUAUUAA